GUGAUAACCGGUGACGCCUCGCCACAGACGCACCUCCUCUCUCUCUCCGGCUUUGUGCCCAGUGCCGAUCCCACGCUGCAGCUACCUAACCUAGCAUACCGGGGCUGCUAAACACCUGAAAAUGGCCCUCCACGUACCCAAAGCUCCGGGCUUUGCCCAAAUGUUGAAGGAUGGCGCUAAGCAUUAUUCAGGUCUUGAGGAGGCGGUCUUCCGUAAUAUCCGGGCCUGUAAGGAGUUGGCACAGACCACACGCACCGCUUAUGGGCCAAAUGGAAUGAAUAAAAUGGUCAUCAACCACUUGGAGAAGCUGUUUGUCACCAACGACGCAGCAACAAUUCUUAGAGAGCUUGAGGUACAGCAUCCAGCAGCUAAGAUGAUUGUGAUGGCAUCCCACAUGCAAGAGCAGGAGGUUGGAGACGGGACUAACUUUGUUCUGUUGUUUGCUGGAGCUCUCCUGGAGUUGGCUGAAGAGCUGCUCAGAAUGGGCCUGUCUGUGUCAGAGGUGAUUGAAGGCUAUGAGAUGGCAUGCAGGAAGGCUUUGGAGAUCCUGCCAGACUGUGUGUGUUCCUCAGCCAAGAACCUGCAUGAUGUUAACGAGGCCACAGCUCUAAUCCGCACAGCAGUCAUGAGCAAACAGUAUGGCAACGAGGAGUUUCUCUCCAACCUCAUUGCUCAGGCCUGUGUCUCCAUCUUUCCAGAAUCCGGCAACUUCAAUGUGGAUAAUGUCAGAGUAUGCAAGAUUUUGGGUUGUGGGUUGACAGCCUCGUCCAUGCUGCAUGGCAUGGUUUUCAAGAAGGAGACAGAGGGAGAUAUCACAUCAGUCAAAGACGCCAAGAUUGCAGUUUUCUCCUGCCCCUUCGACUGCACGGUGACAGAAACCAAAGGCACAGUGUUGAUAAAGAACGCUGAUGAGCUCAUGAACUUCAGCAAAGGAGAGGAGGACAUGAUGGACGCCCAUGUGAAGGCCAUCAAGGAAGCUGGGGCCAACGUGGUGGUCACUGGAGGCAAGGUGGCUGACAUGGCCCUGCACUACGCCAACAAGUACAAGCUCAUGGUGGUCAGGCUCAACUCCAAAUGGGACCUCAGGAGGUUAUGUAAGACUGUGGGAGCUGUAGCUCUCCCCAGGAUGACCCGUCCAACUCCAGAGGAGAUGGGUCACUGCGACAGCGUCUACCUGACAGAGUUGGGCGACACCCAGGUGGUGGUCUUCAAACACGAGAAGGAGGACGGAGCCAUCUCUACGCUGGUGAUCAGAGGCUCCACCGACAACUUGAUGGAUGACAUUGAGAGGGCCGUCGAUGAUGGAGUCAACACCUUCAAGGUUCUGGUCAGGGACAAGCGCCUGGUACCCGGAGCUGGAGCCACCGAGAUCGAGCUGGCCAAACAGAUCACCUCUUAUGGGGAGUCCUGCCCGGGUCUGGAGCAGUACGCGAUUAAGAAGUUUGCUGAAGCCUUUGAGGCCGUGCCGCGAGCGCUGGCAGAGAACUCCGGUGUGAAGGGGAAUGAGCUCAUCUCCAAACUGUACGCUGUGCAUCACGAGGGAAACAAAAACAUGGGCUUUGACAUUGAGGGAGAAGGCCCCUCGGUGAAGGACAUGCUUGAAGCUGGCAUUCUGGAUCCCUACCUGGUCAAACACUGGGGCAUCAAACUAGCCACCAAUGCCGCCGUGACCGUACUGAGAGUGGACCAGAUCAUCAUGGCUAAGGCUGCAGGGGGACCCAGGGCUCCCAAGCAGAGAGGCCAUUGGGACAAGGACGGCUGGGAAGAAGAGCCUGAAAAUUUUGAAACUCAUCAUUAGAGGGCACAUAUACCCUCCUUUAGUAGAUCAUCAUGGCCAAACCGGCAGGAGGACCCAAAGCUCCCGAGGCCAGGAAGGACUGGGACGAGGAGGACUGAGCCUGAUGUCGUCCAACCCUUGCUCUUUAAAUCUUCACCGCUCACACACACAUGGAAUCGCAAACCUUUUCUACUUGUUUAUUUAAAGUUCAACAGUUGGGUUUAUUUUGUAGAGAACAGCCAUGUAUUGGUUAAGAAGAUAACCUCAAAAUAAAAUCUGUGGAUGGCACUGUUUGCUUUUUAUGUUCUUAGUCCCAAAUAAAAGGCACUUGCGCUGUCAUGUCUUGA